UCCUCUGCAGAAUGGCUUCUGUUCUCUUCCUUCUUCUUCUUCGUCUUCUUCUGCUUCUUCUUCUUCUUCUUCCAUUGAUAUUCUCGCUGAAUCAAGAAGGACUGUAUCUUCAGCAAGUCAAGCUCAGUCUCUCCGAUCCUACUCAGUCCCUAUCUUCAUGGAACCCUCGCGAUGAUACUCCCUGCAACUGGUCCGGCGUUAUCUGCGAUUCCGUCUCUCGUUCUGUUGUCGCCGUCGACUUAUCUGAUUUCCAGCUCGCCGGACCUUUUCCGGCCUUCUUUUGUCGACUUCCUUCUCUUUCUUCACUCUCUCUUUUCAAUAAUGCCAUUAACGCUUCUCUUCCUGACGAUCUUGCCUCCUGUUCUGGUCUCCAGCGGCUUAACUUGUCGCAGAAUUUUCUCGCUGGUUCUAUUCCCGAUGCGGUUUCCAAGAUCACGAACCUUCGGUUACUGGAUCUCUCUGGAAAUAACUUCUCCGGGGAGAUUCCGGUGAGUUUCGGUGAGUUUCGUUGGCUUGAGACGCUGAAUUUGGUUGAAAAUCUUUUGAAUGGAACUAUUCCGGGGAGUUUGGGUAAUAUUUCGAGUUUGAAAGAGCUUCAACUUGCGUAUAAUCCGUUUUCGCGGAGUGAGAUUCCGAGUGCAUUUGGGAACUUGACGAAGUUGGAGGUUCUUUGGCUUGCUAACUGUAAUCUUGUCGAUCGGAUUCCGGAUAUUUUUGGCGGGAUGACUAGGCUUAAGAAUCUGGACUUGUCGAACAAUAGACUCAGUGGGUCGAUUCCGGUGUCAAUCACUCAUUUGAAAAGCUUAGUUCAAAUUGAACUGUUUAACAACUCGCUCUCCGGCGAGUUUCCUUUGGGACUGUCGAAUCUAACAGCACUGCGACGAAUUGAUGUGUCGAUGAAUCACUUAACUGGAACAAUUCCGGACGAUCUUUGUGCAUUACAGCUUGAGUCGUUAAACUUGUUCGAGAAUCGAUUGGAAGGGCCAUUGCCGGAGAGUAUCGUCAGGUCCCCAUAUUUGAAUGAGCUCAAAUUGUUUAAUAACAAGCUUAGUGGACAGUUACCCAGCAAACUCGGGCAAAACUCGCCAUUAGUGCAUCUUGAUGUUUCAUACAACGGAUUUUCUGGCGCCAUCCCGGAAAACUUGUGUGCAAAAGGGGCAUUGGAAGAGCUUAUAUUGAUUUACAACUCGUUUUCCGGGAAAAUCCCUCCGAGUCUUGGAAAAUGCACGAGCUUAAGCCGUGUUCGAAUGAGGAACAACAAACUCUCGGGUUCAGUUCCAGAUGAUUUUUGGGGUUUGCACAACGUGUAUUUACUUGAGCUCGUUGAAAAUUCGCUCUCUGGGUCUAUCUCUUCGAAGAUAUCUAGCGCCAAGAAUCUCUCCAUUUUGAUGAUCUCAGAAAAUCAAUUUUCAGGGUCAAUUCCGGAGGAGAUUGGUUCGUUAAGCAAUCUGACUGAACUUUCAGGUAGUGAGAACAUGUUUUCCGGUAAAAUUCCGGGAAAUUUAGUGAAGUUAAGCCAGUUGGGUAAACUCGAUCUAAGCGAUAACAAGCUUUCUGGUGAAUUACCAAAGGGAAUUGGAGCUCUGAAGAGGCUAAACGAGCUAAAUUUGGCAAACAACAGGCUAUCUGGGAAUCUCCCGAGUGAAAUUGGAAGCCUACCUGUUCUUAAUUAUCUCGAUCUUGCUAGUAACCAUCUCAGUGGUAGCAUACCUCUUGAAUUGCAGAAUUUGAAACUGAAUUCGUUAAAUCUGUCGAACAAUCUCUUAUCAGGAGCACUUCCUCCUCUUUAUGCCGAGGAAAUUUACAGAGAUAGCUUUCUGGGUAAUCCAGGUUUGUGUAAGAACACCCCAAGUCUUUGUCCUCGCAUUGAAAAAGGCAAAAACCAAGGCUAUUGGCUUCUCAAAGCCAUUUUUCUACUCGCUAUUGUUGUUUUUGCUGUUGGGGUCAUUUGGUUCUUCUUUAAGUACAAGAAAUUCAAGCAGAACAAGAAUGGAAUUGCGGUUUCCAAGUGGAAAUCAUUCCAUAAACUUGGUUUCAGUGAAUAUGAAAUCGCAGUCUCUCUCAGUGAAGACAAAGUCAUCGGAAGUGGAGCAUCCGGCAAAGUGUACAAAGUUGUGCUGAAAAACGGUGAGAUCGUGGCCGUGAAGAAGCUAUGGCAAGGAGCAAGGAAAGAGGACAACAGUUUGGAUUCAGAGAAAGAUGGAUUUGAGGCUGAAGUUGAGACAUUGGGGAAGAUCCGCCAUAAGAACAUUGUCAGGCUAUGGUGCUGCUGCAACACUAGUAACUGCAAGCUACUUGUUUACGAGUACAUGCCUAAUGGGAGCUUGGGAGAUUUGCUGCACGGCAGCAGAAAGCGGUUUUUGGAUUGGCCGACAAGGUAUAAAGUAGCUUUGGAUGCAGCUGAAGGGCUUUCUUACUUGCAUCACGAUUGUGCUCCUCCAAUUGUUCAUAGAGAUAUCAAAUCCAACAAUAUAUUGCUUGAUUCUGAGUUUGGAGCUAGAGUUGCAGACUUUGGAUUAGCUAAGUUCUUGAAUUCUGGCAAGGAUUCAGAGCCAAUGUCUGUCAUUGCUGGUUCUUGUGGGUAUAUUGCACCAGAAUAUGCUUAUACAUUAAGAGUAAACGAAAAGAGUGACAUCUACAGCUUUGGAAUGGUGAUUUUAGAGCUGGUGACAGGGAGGCCUCCAAAUGAUCCUGAAUUUGGAGAUAAAAACUUGGCAAACUGGGUGUACACCACCGUCGACUGCAGAGGACUCGACCAAGCAAUCGAUCCGAAACUCGGUUCAAAAUACAAGGAAGAAAUCUACCGAGUCCUCAACGUGGGACUUCUCUGCACAAGCUCACUCCCCAUCAACCGUCCCUCGAUGAGACGAGUCGUCAAACUGCUACAAGAGGCUGCAACAGAAUCCAGACCCGCCAUUGUUAGUAAGGAAACCAAACUUUCUCCACAUUUUUCCUAGUAUGCCUAUAGUUUUCUCUAGUCUCUAACAUUAGUCUUACAAGUUACAGCCAAAAGUAUGUAGUUUCUUUAAAUGUCAAAAAGUGGGUGAAUGAUUGAUUAUGAAUGGAAGCCAGCAGAGAUUUAUGGUACUAACCCAAUGAUUUGUUUUGAAUAAAACCCCCAAAGUUUCUUAAGAUCUUCAGUUAUUUUCAACAAUGGAGGGUGGUGGGGUCAGUUGAGAAAGUCCCUGUUUGGCAGGACAAGUUCUAUAUUUUUGUUUUGUAAUACAAGAUGGAAUGAAUGCUCUAAUUCAAUGAUGGCCAAUGGCUCCUGUGGCUCAGCCGCCCCUUAUUUA